CCUGGCCCUGGGGAGAUGGCUGUGGUCUCAGCCGCCGAGAGCAGCGGAGAGAGCUCGCCGCAGCCCCAUGUCGCAGCCAGGGCUCCCUUCCCCAGCCCCCGCCUGUGGAUGUGAUGGCGGCUCCUGCUCUGUCCUGGUGUCUGUCCCUCCUCGCCUUCCUCCUGCCCCUGGCCAUCCCUCGGGCAUCCACCGCGGAGAAUGGUGAGGACACGCUCACCUGCUUCUACUCGAGGGCCAACAUCUCCUGUGUCUGGAGCCGGGAUGGGGGUCUGCAGGCCACAUCCUGCCACGUCCACGCCCAGCCUGACAGACGGCCCUGGAACAAAUCCUGUGAGCUGCUCCCAGCGGGCCCGGCAUCCUGGUCCUGCAACCUGAUCCUGGGAUCCCCGGAUUCCCAGACACUGACCUCAGCAGACGUCGUCCGCAUGAGGGUGAUGUGCCUGGAGGGGGAGCGGUGGAGGAGGGUGAUGACCCAGGACUUCAAGCCCUUUGACAACCUUCGCCUGAUGGCCCCUGACUCCCUCGAAGUCACCCAGGAGGGGAGCCACACAUGCAACGUAACCUGGACCGUCCCCCAGGCCUCCCACUACCUUGAAAGACACCUGGAGUUUGAGGUCCGGACAAGGUCCCUGGACCGCAGUUGGGAGGAGGCCUCCCUGCUGACCCUCAAGCAGAACCAGCAAUGGAUCUUCCUGGAGACACUCGCUCCAGACACCGCGUAUGAGCUUCAGGUGCGGGUCAGGGCCCAGCGAGGCAGCCUCCUGACCUGGAGCCCCUGGAGCCAGCCCCUGGCCUUCAGGACGCGGCCCGAGGACCAGCUCCUGGCCGGGAGGAGGCCUGACGCCUCUUCACUGGGCCACAUCCUCGUGGGCCUCUGCGGUGCCUUGGGCCUCCUCGUCGUCGUCUCCCUGCUGGUCAACUGCCAGUACCUCGGGCCGUGGUUCAAGAAGGUUCUGAAGUGUCACAUCCCAGAUCCCUCGCAGUUCUUUUCCCAGCUGAGCUCAGAGCACGGAGGAGAUUUCCAG